GCCCAGGGAAGUGCCAGCCCUCAUCCCACCCUGACAUCCUUUCUCUGAAUCUGGGGGCAUCAGCUGCCAGGAGGUGACUUCUAGCUGGGGAAAGAAUGCCCAAGGGUUUUUCUCUCUACCUCUGGCUGAAGAAGGGGAUACUUAGGGCCAGGGAGAGGGCUGAGAGGAAGGAAGGGGAAUGACAGGGUGUCAGUAGCCAGACCCAUCACUCCAGGGGUGAGCAGCUUCUGCGCCAGGUGAGUGCUGAAAGACAGGAGAGAUCUCAGAAAGCGUCCUGGCCAUCUUAAGAGCUGGCUGGCUGGCUGUGCAGCCUGAUGGGGCUCUGAUAGGCAGGUGCCAACCGGGAUGGCCGAGAGCUGACACUGCUGCUGCCUCUGAUUAAUUUUGACAAACACACACCCUGGGCUCCAAAGGUCCCUAGCAUGGGAUAUGUCCCCAGUGAAACUGAGUUUGGGCCCCUGGUUUUUCCAGUAGCAGAGCCAGACCUGUGUGGAACCAGGUGGGAGGAAGGGCUGGGCCCAAGGGAAAUGUCUCUGGCUCAAAGUCUGGAAGCCAGUGCAUAAACAUGAAUUUGAGAGGAAUGGGCAGCUCACAAGAAGACUGGCUCAGUGUUUGAUGUUGCAAGAACAGAAAAAUGGGUAGAAGCAAGUUCUGCACUCAGGGAAUUGUCUGUGUAACUGGAAUUUAGACUGGUAGCAUAUCUUCCAUGUCCUCAUUACAGUUCAACGUGUAGUAAGGCUUGGCCUGGGUUAAUCUGGGAGGGCUUCUUGGAGAAGAUGACAUUUGGGUUGUCAUGGAGGGAGAGCAAGGUUGUGCUGUGGCUGUUAGGCAAUCCUGAGAAAGCUGGAUUUGGGGAACACUGCAUCCUGGAGUGAGGGGCAGAGCCUGUAGCCUUGUCGGUAUGAGGGCAUGGGAGUUUCUGGGGAGGAAGAGCGGAGGAGAAAUGAUGCUCUCUCUAUCACAGACAUGGCUGGGCCCCCGGUUACUGCUGGUCUGUCUCCUGGUGAGCAGGAGUAUUACCGAGGAGGAGUCGAAGCACUGUAGCCACAUGAUUGGGGACGGACACUUGCAGCUCCUGCAGCAGCUGAUUGACAGUCAGAUGGAGACCUCGUGCAAAAUUCCCUUUGUGUUUGUAGCCCAGGACCAGCUGAAAGACCCCGUGUGUUAUAUUAAGAAAGCAUUCUUCUUGGUGCAAGACAUAAUGGAGGAGACCAUAAGCUUCAAAGACAACACCUCCAAUGCCAUUGCCCUCGUGAAGCUCCAGGAACUCUCCGUGAGGCUGAAGGACUGCUUCCCCAAGAUCUAUGAAGAGCAGGACAAGGCCUGUGUCCAAAAUUUCUCUGAGUCACCCCUCUGGUUGCUGGAGAAGAUCAAGAAUGUCUUUAAUGAAACAAAGAAUCUCCUUAAAAAGGACCAGGACAUUUUCAGCAAGAACUGCAGCGACAGCUUUGCUAAAUGCUCCAUCCCAGAUGUGGUGACCAAGCCUGAUUGCAACUGCCUGUACCCCAAAGCCGCCCCUAGUGACCUGGCCUCUGUCUCCCCUCAGCAGCCCCUUGCCCCCUCCAUGGCCCCUAUGGCUGGCUUGACCUGGGCUGACUCUGAGGGGACAGAGGGCAGCUCCCUCUUGCCCAGUGAGCAGCCCCUUCGCACAGUGGACCUGGGCAAUGCCAAGCAGCGACCACCCAGGAGCACCUGCCAGAGCUUUGAGUCACCAGAGACCCCGGGCAUCAAGGAAAGCCCCACUGGAGGCUUACCUCAGCCCCUCCCCUCUGUGGGAGCCCCCGUCUUCGGGAUGGAGGACAUUCUUGACUCUGCAUUGAGCACUGACUGGGCCCUAGAAGAGGCCUCUGGAGAAGCCAGUGAGGAUCCUGUACCUCGAGGGUCAGAGCCUCCUUCCUCCAGGCUGGGAGGAGGCAGUGUCCAGGCAGAGGCCACCAGACCCAGCGACCUCAUCUCAGCAUCUCCACUCCCUAGAUCGGCCAAGGGCCAGCCCCCAGCAGAUGGAACUGGCAUCCCCCUGCCCAAGGUGGGCCUUGUGAGACCCACUGGCCAGGCCCGAAGUCACACACCUGAGAAGACAGACCGUCCAUCUGUGUCACCCAGAGACCAUCAGGAGCCAGGCUCUGCCAGGACCCUGUCACUGCACCCAAGAGGCCUCAUCCGUCUCUCCACGCUCUCUGCUCAGCCAAGGCUUCCCAGCAGCCACGCCUGGGGCGACAUGCUGCCCCUGGGGGAGCUGCAGGGCAGGAGGAGCACCAGGGAACGGAGGAGCUCUGCCAGGCUGGAAGGAGGACGAGCAAGUGAGGGGGCGGCCUUGCCCCGCGCGCAUUUUAACUCCGUUCCUUUGACUGACGCAGGCCAGGUGCAGCAGUCCUCUGACCCCCAGCCCCGCAGCUUUGUCUUCCGCCUGCUGGUGCCUGGCGUCAUCCUGGUCCUGCUGGCCGUCGGAGGCCUGCUGUUCUACAGGUGGAGGCGGCGGAGCCAUCGAGAGUCUCAGACAGUGGAUUCUCCCAUGGAGCGACCAGAGGGCAGCCCCCUGACCCAGGAUGAGGACAGACAGGUGGAAAUGCCAGUGUAGAGGGAAUUCUAAGGUGGGCGCACAGGACAGUCUCUCCAUGGCAGGAGACGCCAUGGGGGCAUCCACCCCUCCUCCUCAGCCAUUCUCCUGGGCAUAUGGCCUGCCCACCAUGAGAGCUCUUGCCUGCCAGGACUAGGCCAGAGAAGCCAGGCUGGGGUCCGUCCACCCUUGACCCCCAGGGUCUGGACUGACUCAGAGGGGGCCAAAGGACGCCCCCCAUGCUGCUGAUAUUUAUCGUGGGCCCUGGAGGCUCCCAUCCGCUUGAGGGAGGCUGGCAAGCCCGGCUGAAGACCCUCCGGCCCUCAGGGGCUGUGCUCUUCUCCCGCUCCCUUCCAACCAGCACUUGGGCCGGGGACCCCGAGGCACGUGGAUGUGGACGACAGGGUGGGCACUGAGGAGUGGAAGAGCCCUUGUGCCCAGAGGACCUGUCUGGUGCCAAGGGAUGGACCCCUGCCCCAACGAGCAGGCACUUGUCGCAGAGAGCGAUGCAUGAGAUUUGCAAGGCGGGAUAGCAUCGGCGGGGCUUCCUGGAAGGUGUGCGGCCCAGGAGACAGGAAGAGAAGGCCUGGGCUGCACUGACCGCCGCCCCGCUCGGCAGUCCUUGCUGCGUGCCGGGCGGAGAGGGGAGGCCAGCCCUGCCUCAGGACCUGCUUGGCUCGUGAUGCCAAGGCGAAGACCAAGUCUGGCCUCUGCCCUGCUGCCCCCCCAGCACCUGCCAGAGCUUCUCCGGGAGGCCACACAGGGGCUCCCCUCACAAGGGAAGCCAUUGCACUGUGAAGACUGGACCUGCCUGCUGCCCAGCCUGCCCAGCCGUCCGUGGACGUGGUCUGUUGGUCCUCCUGCCCUCCAGCCUCUCCCCAGCUUCUGCACUGAGUGCUCGAGCCGGCCUCGCCUGUCGACUGAGGGACCCUGAGCCCUGACCUUCUGCUGAUCCGACCUGUGACUCCCUGGGGUGGAUCGGGGCAGAGAACUGCCUGGGCUACCAGCCAGAGCAGGUCUUUAGGCUGUUUCAUUGGACCAGGUUUCUGCAUUUUGCACUUUGA